AUGACGGCCAUGUCGCCCGGCCUCAAGAUCCUCGUUGGCACGGAGCUCUUCAACCUCAUCGCUCGUGAUGGUGCAACCGCUCAGGACAUCUGGGUCGAUUUGCGCCGCCUGUUCCAGGACAACAGCGACGUGCGCAUCAACGCUCUUCACAGCGAGCUCCGCUCCAUCUCUCAGGGUGACAUGCCGGUCAGCGUCUACUAUCAGCGCGUCAAGGCCAUCGGCGAAGAACUCCGCGAGCUUGGUGACCAAAUGGACAACCGCUCGCUGAUCAAUGCUUUGUUGGUUGGGCUCAGUGAUCGCUUCGACAAGCAGUCUGCAUUCAUCCCGCUGCUGAAACCGCCACCAACCUUCUCCGAAGUUCGCAGCAUCCUUCAGAUGGAGGAGAUGACACAGCUCUGCGACGCCGCCGGCACUGCCACCUCAUGCAGCUCCCCCUCCUCUGGCCAUGCAACCGCCACCUGGAUGGUGGCCAAGCCCCAACUAUGA